UGGAUGGAAGGAUUACAGUGGGGGGGCAUGAAAAUGGGCAGACUCACACGGCCUUGGGACCAAGAUGACCUUCCCUCUAUCCUUACAAGGAUUGCCCCGGUUGCCGAUGUAUAUGCCGCGCACGUUGCAAGCACCAAGAAAGCCUUAGCCCAUUCUGCGGAAGCAAUUCAAGACGGAAGGCUGCCAUAACCGUUGUCCUUUUCCCUUUAUUGCUCAGAUAUCCUGUCAUCUCAGAGCCCCUGAGCUUUCUACGGAACAAGUCCAUGCUGACAAUGCCGAGAAGGCCAUUGAGUGGGCAACAGAAGAAGGAUAUCCACCUAGCCGUGAAGACUACCGGUAGAGGGCCUUUUUCCCUUGCCGAUCGAGAAUCAGUCCUAGCAUGUGGAUUGCGCUUGAUGAUCUGGCUUACGAGAUCAUUUUCCCCUUAUCAUGCUGUGUAUGCUCUCAGGACGGUGAUGAUGGGCUACACUUCGGGGUCAAUUAGAUUUGGCGCUUGUUCCAAGGUUUUCUUCCAUGAAGGCGGUUAUUACAAUGCUCGUUGCAUCGCUAUGAGGACUUACCAUAUCCAUAGAUGGUUGACCCUGGAGCACACGAACAGGUCCGCUGCGUUAUCGCUUCAACCAGCAUUUCAACAACGCCACGCUGUGGACCAAAGCAAGACGAUGCCAAGGGCAAGCGGAUAUGUGGGAAGAGCAUGUCUUGUUUGGGCUGCCAACUCAUUUAUUGACCCAUUCAGAAUUACGACGAAUAAUAAUACCAACCUAGAAGACCGAAUUGCAACCAUCAUCGCUGUUUGUUAAAUUCCUGGUCUCGGAAACCUAUACAACUUAAAGAGAUGUGCUAUCGAGGCAUAUUUGAUAUUUAACCUUUGCGUUUGGCUACACAUCUUCGUCGACCCCUCCAGGAUGUCUUUAAAUUGCUUGGGCAGGGCGUUCA